CCAGGUUGGGGACACGCGCUAGCAGAGUUCAGGUGCUCAGCGGGCAGCGCUGCGCGCUAGGAGUCGACCGAAGUGAAUCAACUUCAAUUCGCAGGUGAGGCAACAGGGGCCUGACGGAGGAUCCAGUUCCAGCUACCCAGAUUCCUGACACACUGUGAUGUGCCUGAGUGGGUGUCGUCGGCACAGGGACGGGAGCGCGUUUGGGUAAGGGGUUCCGAAUUUGGAGUGCGACAGACCUGGUUCCGACAGAGCUCGGCUACGCGGCGGCCGUGAGACCUCGCACGCUCGUCCUCUCGAGCCCCCGGUUUCCUCCUCGCUCGGCCCGCCGCGGCGCGAGGCGUCGACGCGCCGCUCCGCAAGCCUGCGGCCGGACGCCCAGGAAGCCCCGAGGCCGGGAUGGGUGCUGCGCCGACGCCCCCUGGCGGCCGGCUCCCCGCCCUCGCCGGCCCGCGCCCAACGCUCGGCUCCUGGACGCCGGCGGCCGGAUGCCCUGCGGCCGCACGGUCCUCUGCCUCCUGGCGGCUCUGGCUGCCUGUGGCGCCGUCGCCUUCCUCGGCUACUGUGUGUACUUCGACCGGAAGCGGCGUGGAGACCCCGCGUUCAGGCGCCGCCUGCGGGACAGUGAGUGCGACGGCUGCGGCGGUGGCGCGGCCGGGCGGGCGGCGAGCCGGCCCACUGGGUGAGGGCUUCGCGGGGCGCACGCGGGCGUCGGGAUGGCUCCCGAGUGGCACGUGCCCGGUUGUGUUUGCAGAAAGAAGAGCCCAGCACCAGAAGGCUGAGGGACGGGGCGCCCAGGUAUGGGAUCCAGCAAAGAAUGAAAAAUUGCAAGAACUUUUUCUGCAAGAGGUACAAAUGGGAGAACUUUGGUUAUCCAGAGGAGACCUUCGAUUGGGGGUUGAACAUCUCAGCAAUGCCCUUUUAGUGUGUGGACAACCAGAGGAACUUCUGAAGGUUUUCAAACACACACUCCCUCCUAAGGUAUUUGAGAUGCUGUUGCACAAAAUUCCCCUUAUUUGCCAGCAAUUUGAGACAGACAUGAAUGAACAGGAAUACUUGGAGGAUGAUCGUGAUUGAAAAACAUUUCAACGUAUCCACAGUCCAGCCAGAAUACUAUGGUACUAUAUAUAGUAUAAACAACUGCUCAGUGAUAUUUCCAUUUAUUUUACUUUUAGUAAUAAAAAAUUUUUUCUAUCUCA